AUGGGGUCAUCUUUUAGGAAGUUCUGCUGCUGCUGCUGCUGCAACGAUGACGAUGACGACGAGGAGAAGCAAACUUUGAUUCCUCAGGAUCCCCUGGAGUAUAUUGACCGAGAAGCCCAGAAGCGGCGCGACCAGGAGACCAACCUGUGGAGCGAGCCAGGAGACCCGAGCCACUCGGAGAGAGAAGAUGACAGGACCCUUUACACCCUGAUCCAGGCCAGGCACAAGACCCGCAUGGGAUCCUCAGGGUAUCGCCGUCUGAGCGUGGACAUUGAAGCCAUGAGAGAUACACGCCGAGAGGUCAGAGACAAAUGGAAGACGGUCCUGGAGAACCUCGGUUUCAUGGCAGAGGCCGACUCCCUGCUCACGGUGUCUGCCAGCGCCUCUUACGACCGCAUGCGUAACGCCCCGGCGGCUCGCAGCCUUCUGCAGUCACUCCACUCUGAGACCUCCAUCUUCAACACCAAAGACCCACCGCCUGAGAGAUACCUCUUCAUCCUGGAUCGCCUCAUAUACCUCGAUGUCGCUGAGGAUUUCGUGGCGAAAGCAAGGCGCUUCUAUCCGCCCAGGGAUGACGAGGAGGAGGAGUGCACGGGGCUCGGCAUAAACCUGCCGCUGCUGCUGGCCAGGGUCGAGGCCAUGAACGGAAGAGGUGACGAAGACGAAGACGAGGAUGAGAGCGGAAAAGAGGAUGGAAACUUGAGCGACAGAGCCUGAGAGCCACAGGCUGCAGCAAGUACAAACAUGAGGCAGGGGGCAGUAGUUGCCAAGGCUGGAGAGCGGGAGAAGAGAAGUGCAUACCUCCUCAUCUCUCCAGGUGUCCGGUGACCCCAACCUGCCUGUCGGACCUUUAGGCUGAACAGUUUCUUCUUGCGCCCCCUAACUGCAAAGCUUGACUCCCACUCUUGUCUUCUCUAUUUAACGCAGGUUAAAAAAAAUUGGAGAGCUGUGAAUAUCUGUGUCUGUAUUUUUUUUUUUUUUUUUUCUGUCUACCAUAGAGCUAUGUCAAGUUCUUAGCCUGUUCAUUGUUUGUUGCAUACCUGCAGGGCAGCAAUGUCCUCUGAGCAAAGGCCCUUUUUAUAUUUGUCUUAUGAUUACCAGCGCUCAAUUCAUUCAAUCACAAGAUUUCACAAGAUGAAUCAUUAUCACGACUGAAUAAAAGCUCAGUGGUUAGAUUUCAGAUUUUUCUGGUGUCACAGCCGUAUGUGUGUUUGGACGACUGUGCGUAUAAUAAAGACUUUAUUUGGUGGCAAAAGAGAAGUAGUGUAAGUGUAAUCAGUAAAGUGCUCAUUUAAAGUUGGUGUGCGUGUGCAUGAGAGAG